AUGUCAUGUCCCAGCAGCGCGGCUCCCGGCGCCUUCCUGAUGGAGCCGCUGCCUCGCCCCGACCCCUUCGCCCCCGGCCCGGCCAUUUUCGCCCAGCCCGCGGAUUUCUCGCCGCUGCGGAGCUGCGCGGCGCUGCCCAAAGGCGCCGAGGCCUCGCCGGGCUCCUUCCCGUCCUACCUGGCUCACCUGGACGCGUUCCGCGCCGAGCCGCGCCCGCCGCCGAGCUGCGCCUUCCCCGCCGUCAAGGAGGAGAGCGGCUGCUGCCUGUUCGCCCAAAAACGGCCCAAAAGCGCGCAAAACGCCGCCGAGGGCGCGCUCUUCGCCGCGCCGCUGGGCGAGCCCUGCCUGGCCGAGCCCGAGGCGCCGCCGGCCGGUUAUUACCGCUACCCCUCGCUGGAGAAAAGCCCCGAUCCGGCGGAAUUUCGGCCGGGAUUCGAGGGCGAGCGGCUGGAAGCGGCGGCAAACGAGGGCGGCUCGCCCGGAUUCCAGCGCGAUUUCCCCCAAAACGCCGGCGCGGAGCGGCCGCAGGGGGAAAUUAAGUCGGAAAAAGCGAAAGCGAGCGCGGGCGAGGCGGAAAAGGAGAGGGGGAAAAGCGCGGACACCGGCAGCGCCGAUAAUUCCGACAGCGAGGCCAAAGGCGAGGCUCGCACGGAAACGGCGGGGGGCUCGUGGCUGACGGCGCGCUCGGGCCGCAAGAAGCGCUGCCCGUACACCAAGCAGCAGACGCUGGAGCUGGAGAAGGAGUUCCUGUUCAACAUGUACCUGAGCCGCGAGCGCCGCCUGGAGAUCAGCCGCAGCAUCGCGCUCAGCGACCGCCAGGUCAAGAUCUGGUUCCAGAACCGCCGCAUGAAGCUCAAGAAGAUGAACCGCGAGAGCCGCGGCCGCGAGCUCGGCGCAGCCUGCGCCUUCAGCUGA